UUAAUUUACAAUCACGGUUAGCAAUUUAACUGAAGGUAGAAGCAAUGAGCUCCUGGAAAAUGAAAUGCAUAUUAACAAUAAUUAGAAUUAGGAUUGAACCAGAUCGAUUGAGAUUCGGGAAUCUCUCUGAUUGGUGGAUCUCACCGAGUCAUAAUACACACAGAUACCUUCAAUCUUUACAGUGGCUUAAGGAGUUUCCCAAAAUCAGCCAGCAAUCUCAAAAAGUCCAAGUGGUGAAUCAGACUUGCGGCACACGGAUAACCUGCUCUGGAGCAGGUUUUAUUCUGGGUUAGAGAUUGCAAACCAAAAUGGGACCAAUCAGCUGUGAGCAAAUUAAGUGACACAUAUCUGAUGCAAUAAAGCCACUGAUCCUGUAUAUCUUGCUGUAUAAUUAAACCCUGUAUAAUUAAAGUUUAGAGUGAAAUCUGACGCCACUUGUCAGUUCAAUGCCCAGAGUCUUAUCAUCGCUAACAAUUCGGAAAGAUCCCGGCUACCGUACCUCCGAAAUCCCAAGGAUAUCAAGCUGGUACACAUUUUUAAGCUCGAUCAACAAGUUUAGAAACACUGUUUAGUGUAAUAUUCAGAUAAGAUGAAGCAAUUAUCACAGUGAACCUCCACUGAACCUCCGCCACAAGCUGCAAACCACCUCCCAUUAGAGUCCUAUAAAUCCUCACCAUCACAGGACAAGUUUCAUGUAAGCACAAGACUGACGGCAGAUUCAAUAGCGAGGAGAUCACGAGUACAAGAAAAGAAAUGUACAAUCAAGAACCAACAAUCGGAAGAGUAAACUUCUCAUUCAGUGACCCAGAAGAGCAGGAUCCAUCAGAGAAGCCCAAAAUGGGUCAGCCUGUGCCGCCACCGUACCAGGAACAACCUAAUGCCGGAUACCCAGGGCCCUAUCCCAACCUUUCCGGAUAUCCCAGCCAGCCAUACGGAGCUCCAGGUGACCCUCAGGGCCCAUAUACCCAACAGCAGCCAUAUCCACCAAAUGCAGGUCACACUGGGGUCACCGUUCAGCCCACUGUGUUCAUGAUCUCCACACCAGCGUCCGUUCAUAUGCCGGAUUACUUGUGCUACUCCAUCUUUACCUUGCUGUGCUGCUGUUUCCCUCUGGGCAUCGCUGCUGUUAUCUACUCUGCCUCUGUAAGUAUUCGCUCUCAUUACAAAUAUAUAUACAUACAAACACACAGCAGUAUAUGCACCGAUCAGGCAUAACAUUAUGACCGCCUUCCUAAUAUUGUGUUGGCCCCUAUUGGUGUUGGAUCCGUCGAGGCAUGGACUCCUCUAGACCCCUGAAGCUGUGCUGUGGUAUCUGGACCAAGAUGUUAGCAGCAGAUCCUUUCCCACACAGCAAAGGAACCGUAUCCGCGAAUGGACCCGUAUUGGCGUCUACUUGCGCGCAGUGACAGAUCCGCAAUGAAGGCGGAUCGCGGACCCGCCGUGGCUCCUCGCUGCAUCCGCGAUUAAAACCUUACCUCCACACCGGGUCCGUUUGGGACCCGCAAAUUGAUACAACCGUUACAGUAAAGGCGCGUGCGCGUCCACGGAUCCGACAUGGGUCCACUCAGGAUCCGCUGAUUGACAGUAGAAUUUACGGCGCCGCCCGGAGGCAAAGCUGAUCCUCUGGGCGGUGCCAAAACGAAUGUGACAGUCACGUGGGUUUGGCGACUUGAAUGCGGAUCUGCCUAGGAGUCUCCUGCUGUGUGGGUUAAGUCCUGUAAGUUGUGAGGUGGAGCCUCCAUGGAUCGGACUUGUUUGUUCAGCACAU